CACACGCGCCCCUCCUCCGUGUGUUCCUCCGCCGCAGCUGCGAGGCAAUUAGUGCGCUCCGGAGCGUGACGAACACAAGCACAGACACCGACACCGACCGACGCUCAGGUGCCGCUUUACCGGCAGGAUCUGAUGAGCGAUAGAGCACAAAUGCGCUCGUUUGGAGAGAUGCUGUGGAUUAUACACUCGGUGGGACUUUAUGCCCAAAUCAGCGCGAAUUUGGCAGUGGACAACCCCGUAUCUGGAAACGCUCUUUUCACCGAGGUUCCUCAGGACAUGGUCUCUCAGGCUGGAGAUGAUGUGGAGAUGGCCUGCUCCUUCAGAGGCGCUAGUUCCUCCUCCGUCUCCUUGGAGAUCCAAUGGUGGUACACCAGAGACUGGGCGGAGCAACCAUCGUGGACAACCAAUCAGGUGGUUUCACAGGAAAACAAACCAAAGGGAGCGACUAAAAUAAGUGUGGUAAAAGUGGUUGGCAGCAACAUCUCACAUAAGCUUCGUCUGUCUAGCGUCAGAGCAUCAGACGAGGGAACGUACGAAUGUCGAGUCACUGACUUCAGUGAAAGCCGAGCCCAGCAGCACAGAGUUCAGGCGUAUCUGCAGGUACAGCCAGACCUCCAGCAGGAACACCAGAGUCCCGUCCACAACAGAGACCAGAAGAAAGAAGAGGAGAAGAAGACAUCAGAGCAGAACGCAGGUCCUGAAGAUCAUCAGAAGAGCCACCAUAAGAGAGAAGAGCAGAGUACGCAGCAAGUGGCCUAUCAGUUUCAUGAAGAGGAUCAUCAUCAGCUCCACGAGGGGAACAAGACAAACACCAAUCAGAGAGCAGAGAUUUGAAGACAGAGUGACUGUCCUGCUGAAAACUGCACACGAGAAGAGAGACGUGUCAAUAAAACUAGAACAGUGAUGUUACGAACCGUAUCCUGACACAAGUUGUCCACAUAAUUAGUCUUAACAUUAGUUUGAUUGCAAACUGAAAUUGUUCCGAUUUGUGUUCUAUAAAAAGGAACCAGCAAUGUGUCGAUUUAAAGGGAUAGUUUGCCUAAAAGUGAUUAAAAAGUUUUUAAAAUUUAACCUACUCACCUUUGGAACCAAUUCUGUUUGCUAGUCAUCUUAAAAACACUAGGCAGUCAGCAAAACCUUUGUUUUCUUUGUGUUUGAUGUCAGUUUAAAAGUUUAGGUUUUACUCCGGCUACACCUCUUUGGAUUUUUCUGGUCAUGUGGUCACCAUAAGGAGAGGAGAAGAAUUGAAUGAAUAACACAGCAGCAGAAAUGAGAGGUGAUUAUUAAUGACUGAGAAGAAACGAAGAGGGUGAAUUUAGCUGCGGGGCAGAGAGUGAAAUGUUCAUUUAUUCAUUAGAGAGGAGGGACAGACUGAAUGUAAUAUAUUGUUUAUGUUGGUGAUGUUUACCUUUACUGAUCUAUACUCCUACACAUUUUAUUUGUAUGUGAUUUUCAUUUGUUUAGCUUGUAUCUUGACAAAAAUGUGUUGCGCACAAGAUGGCCAAUGGCUAGUGUGUGUGUGUUUUAUAAGACUUUGAAAGAGCUACAUUUCUAAAUGGGCUUUUCCAUUAAUGUUAAACAGAUGUUCUGCAGUUUUCUGAUGUUAAAGUGAUUU